AUGUAUCUUUAUGUUGGUGAAAAAAACAACAAUAGUGGACGAGAAAUUAAAAUCGGCAUUGAAAAAAAUGAGUAUGAAAAUAGUGGCGGAUCAAAAUACGAUAAUCCUCACGAACGAUUGGAAGCUCAACAAGCGGAACGCCUUGGUAAGGAGGAAAACAGAAAUUUCACUCUCGCCGAAGCCCGUGCUGAAGUAAUUAGAAAAGAAUUAGAUGAAAAUAAAAACAUUAAAUUUUGUUCUGAUAAAUGCCAGCAUUAUUUAUCAAAAAAAGCUCCGAAUGAACCAGUGCAGGAACAGAAUUCUCCAACUCCAAUUUCACCAAAAACCGGCGGAGCAGGAAAAGCAGCAAGUAAUAAAAAUAACCAAAUUAGCGACACCGAAAAAUCUCAAAUUCUUCAAUACUUUAUUAAUAAAAGCAUUAAAAAAAUUACUAUAAACAAUGGAAAGUUAGUAAUUGAAUAUAAUAACAGCACUACAAAAACCAUAGAAAACAAAGACCAGCAAUUACAAAAAUAUUAUCAACUUAUUCAAACCUUACCUAAUCAAUCCCUUUCUCUUUCUGAAUUACAAGAGAAUAAAACUAAUAAUCCCACUUCUACUCCCAACAGAGAUAAUACUGGAGUUUACGUUGGCUUAACUAUCGGUGCCUUUAUCUUGGGAGGAACAUUUGUUUACUUCUUGGCUCGUAAAAAGAAAAAAUAA